AGUUAGCUAACACUUGACUCUCGGUAAAGUUCACUCGGUAAGUUCGUUACUUUAACGUCGUGAAAACGUAACUGAACGUGAGUGAACCGGUUCGGUAUCGACACCAUGGUGAUAAUACGGAGGUGAUCCAUUUCUAUUCAUGUUAGAUUGGGCAGCCAAUCAGAGCAGACAACAUGACAUCUCCAUAGUAACGCGGAUCGUUUGGGGAGGGGCAGUAAUAAGACUCCCGGUUGUUGUUUCCUGCUGAAUAUUAGAAAGUGUCGUGAUGGCGGGGACGUCGAGACACGAUCAAGAGAUGGCAAUGAACGCCAGGCGUCGUCUGUCGGAGUGUUUGGACCCCGUGGAGCGGCUCAGACUGCAGUGUCUGGCCAGAGGAUCGUCUGGGAUCAAAGGACUGGGCAGGACCUUUAAAAUAAUGGAUGAUGAUAAAAAUCGCUCUCUGGACUUGAAGGAGUUUCUGAAAGGUUUGAACGAUUAUGGGAUCCUGAUCGAGAAACAGGAAGCAGCGGAUAUCUUUCAGCGCUUCGAUCACGACGGGAAUGGGACCAUCGACUUCGACGAGUUCCUCAUCACCCUGAGGCCGCAGAUGUCUAAGGCCAGGAAGGAGGUGGUCAUGCAGGCGUUUCGGAAGCUGGAUAAGACGGGAGACGGCGUGAUCACCAUCGAAGACCUGAGGGGGGUUUAUAACGCCAAGUACCACCCCAAGUAUCAGAACGGGGAGUGGACAGAGGAUCAGGUGUUCAGGAAGUUCUUGGACAGCUUCGACUCGCCAUACGACAAAGACGGAAAGGUGACUCAGGAAGAGUUCAUGAAUUACUAUUCUGGUGUGAGCGCUUCCAUCGACACAGAUGUCUACUUUAUCGUGAUGAUGAGGAGCGCCUGGAAACUCUGAGCGAGCGGUGUUCUGGUGACCAAAGAGGAGUUAAUCAACUAUUACUGCGGAGUCAGCGCCUCUAUCGACAGCGACGUCUACUUCAUCCUCAUGAUGAGAAACGCCUGGAAGCUUUGAGUCUGAUUAGACCUGUCCUACCUGCCCAACCACUCCUACCUGUCCUACCUAUCCUACCUGUCCUAACUACCCAACCACUCCUACCUGUCCUACCUAUCCUACCUGUCAUACCUACCCAACCACUCCUACCUGUCCUACCUACCCAACCACUCCUACCUGUUCUACCUAUCCUACCUGUCAUACCUGUCCUGUAAUAAUGAGUAUGAUUUUAUAAUCCACAUUGUUUUGCUUGAUGUCGGGCUUUUGUCUUUAUGUUGUAACUUUUUGUGCUUUUAGUUAAAAGUUUAAAAGUUUUAAGAGAUUUUGAACAUUUGUGAUUUUAAUGUUAGAAAUAUUUUAUUCUACAUGUACAUGUGUUUUUCUGAAGGUAAACACAAGGGGGCAGUAUGACUUUAUAACAUGUUUUUAUUGAUAUGCAUAAAACCACAGACUGUUAAAGUAAAAAGAUACAUUGGUACAUUGGUUAUAUUUUAGAAUAUGUUGUAACAAUAACUGAGAUUAGAGCCACAUUAAAAAAAUACUUUGUGAACAAAGUCGUAACGCUACAAGAAUAACCGUAAGAUAAAAGCUGAAUCACCUGCAUAGUUGUAAAAAAUAAAGAUGUACUAUUU